UGGGAACAAAGAAGGUUGAGAAGAAACCCGACUUUCUCGGGUGUAUACAUUGAACUUAAGAGUUUUAAUCCUCUACAUUAACCCCCACCGUAAGCUUCCAUCAUCUUCUCCAUAAGAACUUUCACACAGUUUCUCAUUCUCUCAUAUCUCAAAAAGUUUGAAUCUUUCUGUAAACCCUCUUCUCCUUUUUGCCCUAUUCUUCUAGGGUUAUUCUCCUUUUCAUGAAUUUAAGCCUUCUCCGAACUCAAUUCAACACCGUCUCUGCUCUGUUUCUCGUCGUCUUCGUCCUCUUUCCAACUUUAUUGGAGUUUCUUCAAACGUUGUUUCAAUCAUGUCUGGGAUCUUCAGACUCAGUGGUGAUGAAGAUUUUUUCAAUGGGGGAACGAUGCAUCUCUCCCCAGGGAGCUGUCCUGGUGUAUAUCUCCCACCACGCAAGAGACUACGCGUCGCUGCAUCAUCACUUUACAGUGGUUUUGAGAAAAAGCAAACUUCUUCUAUUGAAGUAUUACCUGAUGAGUGCUUAUUUGAGAUCCUUAGACGUUUGCCUUCUGGGAAAGAAAGAAGCGCAUGCGCUUGUGUCUCUAAGCAUUGGCUUAACAUUCUGAGUAGUAUCAAAGCGAAUGAGUCUGUUCAAGAAGUGGAGAGUGAAGGGUUUUUGUCAAGGAGUUUGGAAGGUAAUAAAGCUACAGAUCUGAGGCUUGCAGCUAUCUCUGUUGGGACAUCGACGCGUGGCGGGUUAGGGAAGCUUCAAAUCCGUGGGAAUGGUUUUGAGAGUAAGGUUACAGACGCUGGUCUUGGAUCAAUUGCAUAUGGUUGUCCAUCUCUUAAGGUUCUGUCUCUGUGGAAUCUUCCUGCAGUUAGUGAUGUGGGUUUGUCUGAGAUUGCAAGGUCUUGUCCUAUGAUUGAAAAGCUUGACCUUUCACGGUGUCCUGGAGUAACGGACAAGGGUUUGGUUGCAAUCGCCGAGAACUGUCAGAAUCUAAGUGAUCUGACGAUUGACUCUUGCUCUGGUGUUGGCAACGAGGGUUUAAGGGCUAUUGCAAGACGCUGUACUAAUCUGAGAUCUAUCUCUGUAAGGAGCUGCCCACGCAUUGGAGAUCAAGGAGUUGCUUUCCUCUUGGCUCAAGCUGGUUCUUACUUGACGAAAGUGAAACUCCAGAUGCUGAACGUUACCGGUAUGUCUCUUGCUGUUCUUGGACACUAUGGAGCAGCGGUUACUGAUCUUGUGCUUCAUGGGCUUCAAGGUGUGAAUGAGAAAGGCUUCUGGGUCAUGGGAAAUGCAAAAGGGAUGAAGAAACUGAAGUCACUGUCUGUAACCUCGUGCAGAGGUAUGACGGAUGUGGGGCUUGAAGCUGUUGGAAGUGGUUGUCCUGAUCUGAAGCAUGUCUCUCUGAACAAAUGCUUGCUUGUUUCUGGCAAAGGACUUGUCGCUUUGGCAAAGUCUGCCUUGGUUUUGGAAAGUUUGAAGCUUGAGGAAUGCCAUAGAAUCAACAACUUUGGUUAUUUUGGGUUUCUCAUGAACUGCGGCUCGAAGUUGAAGGCUUUCUCUUUGGUAAACUGUCUGGGCUUGAACCAAGAAUCACAUCUACCAUCAACUAGUUGCAUCUCCAGCUCCUUAAGGUCUUUAUCAGUCCGUUGCUGUCCUGGUUUUGGAGAUGCAAGUCUCUCUUUCUUAGGGAAGUUCUGCCAUCAGCUCCAGGAUAUUGAUCUUUGUGGAUUGAAUGGAGUGACUGAUGCUGGUGUCCUCUCUUUGCUUCAGAGCAAUAACGUUGGCCUAGUGAAGGUGAAUCUAAGCGGGUGUGUCAAUGUUUCAGACAACACAGUCUCUGCACUAUCCAUGUCUCACGGACACACAUUGGAGUCUCUUAAUCUUGAUGGAUGCAAGAACAUCACUGACGCAAGCCUUGUCACAGUAGCCAAGAACUGCUACUCAGUAAAUGACAUCGACGUCUCAAACACUUUGGUAUCAGAUCAUGGGAUCAAGGCUUUGGCAUCUUCUCCCAACCACUUGAAUCUUCAGGUUCUUUCUCUUGGUGGCUGCUCAGGGAUCACAGACAAAAGCAAGGCAUGUAUACAAAAACUCGGCCGCACGCUUUUGGGGUUAAACAUCCAAAGGUGUGGUAGAAUCAGUAGUAGCACUGUGGAUACUCUUCUGGAACAGCUAUGGAGGUGUGAUAUACUUUACUAGAUACAUUUCUGCAAGUACUAGGUUCUGGUCACUAAACCCAUAGAUUUCACCUAGAACUUAGUUUCUUUCCCAGGACACAACAGCUGUUUUUUUUUGCAAAUUUUUGGCAGGUUCUUGAGCCUGUUUUCCACAACUGUUGUGUUCUUGGGGAUCAUGUGACUGAGUUCUGGUAAUCUAGUUAGGGUUUGUUUAGUCUUGACCGUGUCUUUAGAGUUGUUGUUGUCUCUCUAUGUCUUUGUCAUGUUCAGAGUUCUUGUGGGAGUCCUUGUUAUAUGGUUUAGGAUUGUGAUAGUAGUGCCUUUAUCUUCCCCCUUGUAGAGCUUUUGGCGAUGGCGGUGUAUCUUCUUAGUCGCCAUUACAGCUCUUCGGAGUUGUUUUUUUCUUUUUAAUGUUCUGCCAAAAGCUCUGUUUUUCCACGUUUGUUUUUGUUUAAGGCACUAUCUGUACUACUUGAUCAUUGUAUAAGCUUUCACUGAAUAUACUAUAUAUCCUUUGUUGUGAUAUACAGAACUGAAUGUGUUACAAAUAGAAAAAAUAUUGUCAC